AUGCAGAGAUCUUUCAACUUGGGUGUCAGAACUUUCCAUCAGAUCUUGUUCACGUGCAUCGGGUUGACGCUUCUUGCUCAUGCUUGGGGAAAGGAGCAGUUGAACAUAGAGGGAACCUGGCUUGCAAACAUCUGCAAUGAGACAAAUUUUGCUUUGCCGUUCGUCCUGGGCAAAACGUAUGAACACCUGCUGGGCCCUGCCGUCCUCGAAGAUUCGAAUUUGCUGCUCCGAAUGGAGCUUGAGCUCAAGACCUUGUGGGGAUCUCCUGUCAAGGAUUCAGUGUACGCGCCGAACAAUGAUGAGAAGAACAACAGUCUUGAUGUCGAGGCUUGCAGAUUAAUGGCCCUUGAGAUCAACUCGAGGGUUGACAUACGGAAGAAGGUCCGGUGGCAGCAGGUCGCAGCCUGUGAGCUCUGCCGUCCUGAUGUCGCGGAAUGGAUCCGGAAGGAGGCAGGAGAAGCUGUAAUUCUCCGGCAUCUGGCGAGCUACGCGGCCCUGUACACCUCCUACUCCAUCGAUCUCAUAUGCCAUGCGCUCGACGAGGUUGGGCUCCGCAGGUACCUGACGACAAGAGAGUCCAAUGAGUCUCUGCCGAUAUCAGGCGCAUCUGCCGAGCUGCUGGUGGGUGUGGAGCCGUCGAGGUGCUCGGCAAACUCCUGGCAGCUCUGCUCAGAAUCGGCUGGUCAUGGAGGAAAGAUACAAGGAGAGGGGAGGAGUGAAAGUUACCAGAAGGAGGUCUACCGGGCCAAGAAGAUCUUGCUGAGCGAUCUCAACACAUACCACCGCAAGGUCGCACGUCAGUACGCGACGAUUCUUGGGGGGGAGGUGUUGACGGACCACCUGCACGUCCUGGAGGAAUUGUUUGAGAAGGGAGACUCGCCCAGGAAUGUUUUCAAGUUCCUCUUGGAGAACUUUGCGAACGUGGUCAAAGACAACACGGCGCAGGCGAGAGAGCGGGCCAUGCAGUACGUGCACGAGUCGUUCCAGCAGGUGCUGCUGCGGGAUGCUGAUCCUGACGCCCUCGAAGUCUACUCCGAGCUUCUGGUGCAGGGGACGCACGAGCGAGAGCUUCAAUGCAUCCUCAAGCGCUCCGAGGAAUUUCGGUCGCUCUGCAUUGACGGCAACGCGGUGAAGUGCGACGAGGCGAUUCGGCUUGUCUCUCUUCAGUAUCACGAGGUUCUCAACCGACCGCCUGACCCCCGUGGCCUCUCGCGAUAUGCUCGCGAGGUAGUAAUGGGAUACUUGACUGCCGACGGCAUCCGCGACGACCUGGAGAGCAGCUCUGAGUUCCAAGCAGGACCUGGCAUGCUCCGCAGGGUCUCCAUGAUUGCCAGAAAUAUCUCCGAGCAACAUGAGCGCUGCUUGAAGAUCUGUUGCCCCUCCCCUUCACCCUCCUCCUCCUCCUCCUCCUCCUCCUCUUCAUCCUCUUCAUCCUCCUCCUCCUCCUCCUCUUCAUCCUCCACCCCAAGCAAGAUCUGUGCCAAGAACUGCAAACACCUAAAGAAGCUGAGCAGAGGCAGGUGCUCGCGAGAGCCCAAGGACCUGAUCACGUGGGUCGAGUCCGUCCUAUGGGGGAAGCGACGGCUGCACAACUUCUUCAAGGCAGACUUGAGCAACCUGACGAGGUAUCAGGUCUCGUCCAGGCUCGUCGUUCGCAAGUUUCUCGAUGUGUUGGGGCGAUACCCUGACAUGCCCGCCAUGCUCAACUUUAUCCCCAAAGUCGCCAGGGGUGAGAUGAACGUGACGGACCUGACGAGCACCUUGGAGGCGAGCGACGAGAGGUCUCAGAAGUGGAUCCAGCCGAGGCAACCGAAGCAGCUCGGCGAGCUGAUCAAAAGAGCUGAGAUGAUCGCUGGGCUCCUAGUGGAGAACGGGAUCGAGCUCACGGACGUAGCGCACUGUUUCACGAUCGAGGAGGACGGGGCUGAGAGAAAGGUGACCAUGAAUGUUGUCCCGUCCAAGUCCUCCUGCAGGAAGGUCGGCAAGGUGCUUUGGAGCCUCCAGACUCUGUGGAACGCCAAGGGUCCGGUGCUGGGGAAGAAGGAUGCUCCUGAGAUUGACAAGCUCAGCCCCAUCGCUGUCUUGCUGCAAGAAGAUGACAAGGACCUAUGGAAGAUGAUUGAAAGCCUCGGCAGCAUUGCCGGCAUCCAGCACUCAGUCGUCAUCGUUUUCUCGCUGGGGUAUGUCAGCACUGACUCUCUCGACAAAAUGAAGGGUAUUGACUUCGCCCGAAUCCGAAUUCUAUUCCACCCGACCCGACAAGAUCUGAUCCUGCAAGACCCCGACGUGGCUCAGAAGCUGCACUGGAGCUGGCUGCAGGAGAUGCUCUUCGAGAACAUCUCAGAGACAAGGAGCUGGACGGGGGACGUGGUUACCGUCUUCGGGGUGAAGGCGCUGACCUCCGACUUCCUCCGCAUCCUCGAGGCAGCGAGAGUCUUCCAAAAGACCUUCUGCCCCACCUGCUGGAGCAUCGCCAUGGACGCGGGAUGUGACGAGCGGCUGUCGACCGAGGAUGAGGACAACAUGAUCUGCGUCAACCAUGGCAAGCUCGGCUCAACCAUCGCCUUCAACUCCAGCAUGUACGAGAAGAUCAGCAGGGAGAAGCUAGAGCUCAUUCCGACCUCGUGGAACUUUUCCCUCUACUACCUGAUGCAGUUGGACAAGUUGAGCUCCAAAUCCAUCGGACCUGCAGUACCAAGAGUGCAUGACAUCUCCUGCUUGAAAGACAUUACCGACUAUCUUGAGCUGCACCUGCAGUACUUCAAGCUUGAAGGAAGCGGCAGGAGCGGAGCAGCGCGAGAGCUCAAUCUUUCUCCCUGGCGUGGCGCGCAUGCUGCUUGUCUCAAGCUUCAGAUUCUUUCACGUCAGUUUCUCUGUCGCCAGCAUGUCAGGCAGCUCAGAAUGUCGAUGGAUCGAGCGUGGCGGAGCCGCCACGAGCCCUGCGACGUGCAAGUGAGUGCUGCAGGAGACACGUGGGCAGACAUCCGAUGGAGCAUGCCAGCAGGAGUUGGCUUCAUGAGCAGGAAGCGAGAGCAUGGCAUGGAGGGGGAUGGCGCAGCGGGUGGGAACAGGAGGAGAAGUUCGAGGUACGUUCGCGUCAGCGUGCAUGGGACGUUCGAGGUGAGCGUGGACGGAGAGGUUCGUGACCGGGUACCAUGGGAGGAGGCGGCGACAGGGCUGGGGGAGGGCGACGCCAACGACUGCAUCCAGUACUGCAAGCACCGGCUGACAAAUCUCCCCAAGCUCAAGGCCAUGGAGGGGAUGCAUGCAGAACGUAUACACAAGCUGAAGGACCUGCUGAGGCAGGAGGAGGAGGAGGAGGAGGAGGAUGCUACUUCUUUGUCCUCUCCCUCCGAGGACGAUUCCAUUCGCAGAACCUUGUCCUCCUCCAGCAACCAUGCUGCCGUCCGCAUGAUGGGAGGCAGCUUGCUCCUCCACGUGGCUGCGACCUGA